CAGAAAGAGAGAGAAAGAGAGAGAGAGAAAGAAAGAGGGAGAGAGAGGCAGAAGGAGAGAGAGAAAGUGGGAAAGAGAGAGAGAGAGAAAGUGGGAAAGAGAGAGAGAGAGAGAGGCAGAAAGAGAGAGAGAGAAAGAGGGAGAGACAGAGAGAGAGGCAGAAAAAGAGAGAAAGUGGGAGAGAGAGAGGCAGAAAGAGAGAGAGGCAGAAGGAGGGAGAGAAAGUGGGAGGGAGGGAUUGAGUAGCAGAAAGAGAGAGAAAGUGGGAGAGACAGAGAGAGAGAGGCAGAAAGAGAGAGAAAGAGGGAGGGAGAGAAAGUGGGAGGGAGGGAGAGAGAGAGUGGCAGAAAGAGAAAGUGGGAGAGACAGAGAAAGAGUGGGAGAGAGAGAGAGGCAGAAAGGGACAGAGAAAGUGGGAGGGAGAGAGAGAGAGAAAGUGGGAGAGAGAGGGGACAGAGAGAGAGGCAGAAAGGGAGAGACAGAAAGAGAGAGGGGGAGAGAGGCAGAAAGAGAGAGAAAGUGGGGGUAAAGAGAGAGAGAGAGAGAAAGAGACAAAGACAGAGAGGCAGAAAGAGAGAGAAAGUGGGGAGAGAGAGAGGCAGAAAGAGAGAGAGAAAGAGGGAGGGAAAGAGAGAGAGAGAGACUGACUGACUGACUUAGUUCCGGGGAUGGCAGAACGCGAUCCACAGCCGACUUUGAUUCCGGAACGAUCCCGAGACGACAGAUGCCCGUGAGGUUAAAAUCAUGGUCCUGGAACUCCCUGUGAUUUGUUGAUACUGACAAAAGAAGAAUCCAGAUGGGGUGCAAAUGCUGUAAAAUGAUUAAAAGUUACAUCUUUCAUCCCCAAGACGUACAGACGGCCGCAUACAUCAAUGAGAUAAAUAACUGUAAAUCAGAUGAAGAGGAAGAAAGAGGGAGAUUUCAUUUCAAGCAGAGCAGUAACAUUCUGGACCGUAGAAACGAAGUCCAGAUUGCCGAGAUGCCAGUAGCCUCAAACCAAUGCAGGUUCCACUACUCCAAAGAUGCUCUCUGGAGUUCCAGAAUCCCUGCUGUUCCAGACAAAAGACUUGGAAACGCCGUAGUAAAGUGUAACGUUAAUGGGAUCCAUUCCUCCAAAAAUAUCGGCGCCUCUCCUCAUAAAACCCAACCUAAAGAGAUUAACCUGCACAGCUCUUCCGCUCAGCAGCCUGAUCCUCCAGGCAAAAGAGUUUUCCAGCCAAAAACAGGUGAUAAACUGAAGAUUUUUGAUCCUGAAAAUCAACCAAAGCAAACUUCGAAUGCUCUUUGUGAGGAGGAGGGCCCUCGGACUACCGCCGAACCCAUUUUUUCCAUACCGUGUGCCCUACCAGAGAUCCGACACAAAGUCCUUCGGUUGGAUAAUCCGUCUUUUCUUCCCGAGGACAACCAUGCUGAGAAAUCGAGGGCUGUUGGGAAGGAGAACCUCUCAAACCAUCUUGUGCAAAUCAACCAAAACACGGGAAACACGACCAUCGUCCACAACCGGAACCCACCGUGUGGCGAAUCCGACGAAGGGGACGGUGUUUGGAGGACGAGUCCUUUCGGCUUCUUGUUCGAGGACCAAAUAUCCACUGAGAUCCUCUCUGGGAGGAAGAAGGGAGAGUCUGCGUGGGAAGCCAGAUGUGACGGCCUCACCAAGGUCAACGGAGAACUGGAAGAAGAUGCAGAAGUUGCAGAGGCCCUGGCAGCCCUGGAGGCCGCUACGGCUGGUGAAAUUUUUGAAGAGGAGGAGGAGGAGGAAGACUAUUAGGUGGCUGCUCGGGGUAGUGAUGAUACGUGCUUCAUUUAACAAGGAGGAGUUGCUUCCCUUGAGAAAGCCACUUGGAAGUUCUGAGCUCAGGAUGGUCAUAGCUGGUCAAAGGAAUUGACCAAAUAAGAUAUAUAAUGACAGUAGACAUCGUUGGGUCCACUCUACACUUUUUCCAGCCUCACGGGAUGAGCUCUCAUGAACAUCACCCAUCUAAUGUUCAUGGAACAACCUUCUACCCUAGAAGACCUUGGCCAAGUCCUCUUUAAUUGACCAUGGUCUGAGAACAUAUCCUUCUUGUAAGGAACAGCUCUCGAGACCUACGUUUGAUGGCUUGCUAAGAUGUACAUAUAUUGUCCAGAAGACGCUUGGUUAUGGAAACAUAAAAACCACGAACAAACAGGGAUUUCCCAUUCAUUCCUGGAGGGAGAAGGGGUUGUUUUUAAUAAACGAAUUCUGUGUAGCCCAUGGUAGGGCUUAUGCGA